GUGACCUCUGCACACAAACAAGGGGCUUGCAGGACGAGCUGCUGGGUGUCAUUCUUCUCCCUCUCCCCAUAUAUCCACAUUACCUCCUGGAUCACACUCUUGGCAAUUCAGUGAGAAAAUCAAACCGUUUUCAGGAGGAUUGUCUGGAUUCGAGCAAUUGAAAUCUGAAGAACCAAUGACCAGAAUGACGCGCACAACAGUAAUAGGACUGAUUCUUUUGGCAUUAAGUCUGAACCUGCUGCGGGUCAACGGCCUGGGAUCCAUAAGACAGACCACAGAGGAGCAUCCACCAACUUCCUCAGAUGUCAAAGCGGGCCGCUGCUCGUAUACGUUCAUCGUUCCACAGCAGAAACUAUCCGGAGCGUUGUGCUUGGACACGAAGGCCGCUGCCGCCAACCAGUCGGAGGUGGCUGCGUUGCGGGCAGAGCUGAAGCGGCAGCAGGAGCAGCUGGAGAGCCUGCAGACGCUGCUGCAGCAGGAGAGCGGCUUCGUUACGGAAAUGAGAAUCCUGCGCAAGGAGAGCAGCGGCAUGAACGCCCGCAUCGCUCAGCUCUACGGCCAGCUGCUGCAGGAGCUCAUCCACAAGAAGGACCAGGCCUUGGAGCAACGCAGGGUGGAGAGCCUCCUGCUUAACGCGACAGCUCAUGCGCUGCAGGUGUCCAGCAACUUCCGGGAACUGGAGAAGAAAUACGGAACGCUCACGUCCAUGAUGAGCUCCCAAAGCCAAUUGAUUGCCCGUUUGGAGAAUCAGUGCCAAUGUAAAGAUGAAUCCCAGUCUGACCCGGUGCCAAUGGACUCUCCAAAAAGCCGCCCAGCUGCACUGCUUAAUGACAGUUCAGAAAUCAGCAACGCUCUUCAAAGGGACCAGAGUGCUCUACAACAAGACAUCCCUUUGGGAGCGCUUCUGAUUCCCAGCACCACUGCCAGUCCUUCGACCGUUCAGCCUGUCAUUAGCUCCCCUGUCACCAAGACCUCAGGGCCGUGGCGGGAUUGCAAAGACGUACUGGAAUCGGGCGAGACGACUAGCGGCAUCUACCUGCUGCGCUUGCAGAGCGCUAACCGACUCCUGCAGGCCUGGUGUGAACAGAAUCAAGCUCAGGGAGGCUGGACGGUCAUCCAGCGGAGGCAGGAUGGCUCCGUCAAUUUCUUCAGGACUUGGGAGCAGUAUAAGCAAGGCUUUGGGAACCUAGAUGGGGAGUACUGGCUGGGCUUGGAGCACCUCUACUGGCUGACCAAACAAGCCAAAUACAAGCUGCGGGUGGUUCUGGACGACUGGCAGGGUCGACGGGUGUUCGCCGAGUACGACAGCUUCCGGGUGGAGUCGGAGAGCGACUGGUACAGAUUGCGGUUGGGUCAGUAUCGGGGCAACGCGGGCGACUCGCUGUCGUGGCACAACAACAAGGCCUUCACCACUCUGGAUCGGGACCGAGACAGCUACACAGGUAACUGCGCGCACUACCAGAAAGGAGGCUGGUGGUACCACACUUGCGCCCACUCCAACCUGAACGGCGUGUGGUAUCGGGGCGGUCACUACCGCAGUCGCUACCAGGAUGGCGUCUACUGGGCGGAAUUCCAGGGAGGCGCCUACUCACUGAAACGGGUCGUUAUGAUGGUCAAGCCUAUAUAGUAUGUGUCGCGUCACCGUCGCGGCAGGGAAUGCGGACGCCUGCCCCGGUGACGCGAUUGGCCUUCCGCUUUCGCUGCCCUCCACUGACAUUCACUUAGCGAUUUCUGUCCUGACUUAACCUUACAUUUUAAUUUCGCGUAACAUCUGUUAUGCAGAGCAAUAAAACGACCUUAAAAAAAAUGCAG